UUCAAGUAACCCACAGUACAAUAUUAUUUGUUUCUGUCAUCGGAAGUAAGCUUGACACUGUUCUAGACAAGCAUGGAGAACAGGCAACAGAUAACUAUCGAGGUGGAAAAGAACGUUGAUCUACUUCUACUGGGUAAAACCGGAAACGGAAAAAGUGCCUUAGGGAACUCUAUUUUAGGAUUUAAGGCAUUUUACUCGUCCUCUAGCGCCACUUCAGUGACCGACAAGGUUAAAUUUGACUUCAGGGACUACAAGAACCGUGUCAUCAAGGUAGUUGAUGCCCCAGGGGUGGGAGAUACCAGGGGAACCAGUGAUGAAGCCUUGAAGAUGGUGACGGACAAGCUGUCAGACGCCGUGAGCAUCCACCCAGAAGGGUAUCACGCCUUCCUCCUGGUUGUAAGGUAUGGAGGGAGAUUUACUGAAGAAGACGUCAACGCAAUCACAAUGCUGAAACGAGUUUUCGGCGAACAUUUUGUUAAAAAGUUUUGUAUCUUGAUGUUGACAUGUGGUGACAUCUUUGAACGGGACGCAGAAGAACAUGGUCUUUCCUUCCACGAUUGGUGCGGGCAACAAGUGGGCGUGUUCUCCAAGCUCGUGGAGGAGUGCAAUGGGCGUGUCCUCCUGUUUGAUAAUUAUACCAAAGACAAAACCAAAAAAGAGAAGCAACUGAAUGAACUUCUGUCUCUUGUAGACCAACUUCAGACUAAAGGACGGCGGUACACCAACGAAUAUUUUGAAAAAGCAAGCAAAUCCCGUGAAAAGUACUUGAUUGAGUCGAAAAUUCCAGUCUUGCAAGAAACUACAAUGAGAGAUACAAGAUUGCUGAUUCAGAGACUGCAAGAGAUCUGCACGCUCGAACCCGAGGAACAGAUUUCACAACUUCAGGAUCUUCUACAGACAGGAGAAUCGCUGGCUAACAAUAUCAUUGAACAGGACAAAGGAACUGGCGCUUUGGUGAAUAUCAUAGAGACAGUGAAAUCACUGACCAACAGCAUCAGCGAUGAGAUCAAAAUAUGCGAGCGUUUGAUCAGGGAGAGAGAGAAGAUAAAGCAAGAAAAAGAAGAGAUGAUGAAAUCCCGAGAAAUGGACGAGGCAAAGAUGAGGGCAUUGGAGGAACGCGAGAAACGAGCACACGAGGCCCACUUGAAGGAACUGGAGCUGACGAGGAAGCAGAUUGACGCGGCGGAGGCGAGGUAUAGAGCUGAGAGGGACAGGCCGCGACCGUCUGGAGGUGGCUGUAAUAUUUUGUAGAGAAUUGUAACCUCCAAAUGUUUUAUUAGUGUGGUUGUUGAAUGUUUCAACUGUAAUGCCAAACUAUUUUCUUCAAAGAAUUGUAUCGUUAUUUUUAUAAAACUUGACAUCAAAAUACUUCACUUGUGAUACUUUAAAUUAACGAAAUACUAGCAACUAUGCCUAGCUUCGCUUAAGAUUUUGAAAUAAUAAAAAAAAAUCUUACCAUAAUGCAUAACCCACGUUACUACUACAAACACAUGCUAAACUACACCAUGUUUUAAUUUUACACCAACCUUUGAAAUAUCAAACUAAUUAUUUAAUCAAUAAAUAGUAAUAGAGCCCCUGCUUUUUCAGUUAAUUUUUAUAAUCUAGAGUUUGAAUACAUGUUAUAGGAGAGGGUGGUCAGGGUGGGGGUUGAGACGGUAGCUUUCAAAUACUCUCCCUCAAGUUUGAUCCUAGACUGAAUUCUGUAGGAGGUCACUGAGCGAGUCAACCCAACCCCGAUAUGUUCCUCCCUCAUGCAAGAGUAAUCUAAAGGCGGCUGAGCAUAUAGCGUAUCUCCCGUUAACUUGAAAAGUUAUUUAAGGCUAUUUCCCUCGUGUUCAGUCACCGGAUACGGUUCCUUGUCGUAUUGGAAGCGUCUGUGUUGUCGGCAUGUGCCACAAAACUUAAACCGUAUAUGGAUCUAUGUAGUUUGCGUAGAGAAAUAAAAAUGGAAAAUAUUUUACAGGGUUAUAUUUAUGUGAUUGAGUAAUGUUUUUAUAAAAGCUAGUGCAUUCAGUUGUUUGUUGUUGCAUUUUAAAUAGUUAAAUAAUUGGUUGCAAUAAACACAAAAAUAGUAAUUGUAACUGUACACUUUUAUAUUCAGUAACAAUUUGUUUUUUAAUUGAUAUUGUUAGUAUUUCUCAUGUCCGCUGCAUUCAAGCGCAUGUGUUGUAUUAAAUCAACAAAUAUACAGUUUUUGUUUAGUAUUACCGUAGAUUAUUUGUGAUAUAUUUGUCACCAUUUAAAUUAUAUGAAUUGAGCUAAUGUGGUUAUAGUUUUAGUAAAUAAAUGUGAAUACAUUUAUUGAGUGCUUUUUUUUAUUCCAUUUGUAGUUUCCUAUUGUCAUUGUUGUCGUACAAAAUGUGAACCAACAAAGUAAUCGUCGGCCCGAAACGGAAAUCUUCACUGUUAAAACUAAAAUAU